GUAAACAACCUCAACCAUCUCGGUUGGAGCGUGCAGUGUUCUUACGUGACCACUUGGUUGCGCUGUUUCACCCUUUCAAAAAAAGAAGGAGAAAAGAAAACUCCUCCGUUUUUUCCGCAUUGCUGCCGCACCAACUGCUGUAAACAUGGCGUCGGCCCUCCUUGGUCACCUGGCCCGGCUGUCGGUCCGCACUAACUCCCGCACCUCACCGCUGGGACUCGCAAACGUACCGGGGAGGACCGUUGCACCGUGCCGGACAGCCGUUAGCACAUCAUCCGGCGCCAUUCUACCCAAACCCAAAAAGACCCCCUUCGGCCUUAUCCGGAUUGGUCUGGUAGUGGUGCCCUUCUUGUAUGUGGGGACUCAGAUCAGCAAGAACUUUGCUGCGCUGCUGGAGGAACACGACAUCUUCGUCCCCGAGGAUGACGACGACGAUGACUGAGGAGUCUGUAAGGCUUCCUGGUUACCAGAUUGUCCUGCUGGAUCACUACUAAUGGGAAGACCCUGACUAGAUUGUUGCCUUUCUCAAGGUCCUGCUGCUGCAUUUUCUUUUACCUGCACUGGAUUCAGGGUUUUUGUUAUGGACAGAAUUUGAGGUGUCACAAACGUUUCAUGUUGUACUGUCACUGCAUGCACUACUACAGUCUUAGGAGGAAUAAAACUUUGUUUAGUGCAA